UGUGAUCUAAACUUUUCGUUAAAAGGUAUCAAGAUUAACGGCGAGGAAUACAACAACACUGCUUCGAGCUUGGUCACGAUUUCACUCUGCACAAUUGUGGAUGUCAAUAUUGAAGUAUCUAAUCAAAGUGAUGAACCUCAUGGUCCCUUGUUAUUGACUGUUGAACCGUACCAGGACCAGGCCUCUGGGUCCCCAGUGACCGAGCUGGAUGGAAAAGUGACCUGGGUUGGAACGCUGCAACUCGACACACCUGAGUUAUCACCCGGGAAGUCGUUCUACCACUCUUGUUCUCUGGUAUUUUUGUAUGCUGGACAAUUUAUGAUAUCCAUUUCUUGUGCGGAGUCUGGCUCGGAAGAAAGUGUAACUUCUAACGAAGACGCUGCAUCGGGGUCAACAGGAAGAACGCAAAGUUUAGAAAGUACAAGGACAAAUUCAAAGGGAGAUGAUCCCGGCAAUUGCGUGAAGAGAUCAUGGACGUACUCGCCGCCGAUCAUUAUUAAUGUGGUUUAAUCACAUCCAAGUCACAUUGGAUUAACUCAGUGGUUUACUGGAGAUAGUUCUUCUCGCGAUGUUCUGGGUCAAUGUACGCGAAUUGUUCACAAAGGAAACCCUUUAAAAUGUUUGCGAGGUUAUUUCCAUGGUAGCAUUUUGAUAGACAAGUAUUCCAAUAAGACGACCGCUUCUUGGGAAGUGCGUUGGCUCGCUGAUGGGCAAGGCGUUAGAAGCGAGUGUAUCGAUCAGUAUGUUAUCUCUCUUUACCAUGCCGUAACGAUUUCAAGUGGAAAGUUAGUGAGAAAGAGGACGUGAUCAUCGUUAGUGAUUCAGGGGAAGUUAUACAGUAUCGUCAAGCACGCUUACCCAAACGAGCCGUCUGCUUUCAGCCUCAAUAUUUUUGGAAAGGUAUGGGGAUUGUCGAAACGUUCAAAAUGUCUCAAAGAAUGUCCGCAUUUGGAGUCGAAGUAAAUAUAAAUUUGGCUUGUGUGCAUGGCGAGUUUUGCCUCGGUGGCUCAUAACCUCACAUCUUAACGACAGCACAUUAAAGUCAACGUAUACUUUGUGAUACUUUCAACAACUUGGACCAUGUGGACGAAUAAAGUGCUUUUAGCAACCUACAGAGAGCUGCUUUAGAAUAUGGCGGUACUUGUUGUUAAGAAUCUUCUGAGACAGGACUGGAGCGCGAACAAUUAAGUCCGGGAAAUAAUCGAUGUCUUCGGUUAAUAUUCGUUACCCAUGUAGUGCCUUAUCAAGAGAAUAUGAUAAUCUCUCGGCCUAAUAUAACUUUCCGAUUCUCAAAAUCCAAUCAAAAAUAACACGAGCUCUCCGAGAGUUGUGACGUGAGCAUGUCGUCAUUAGCAUUCGUCGUGUCUCUUAGCAACAACUUUGCCAUAAAUCACUGGUGGAUGAAUCCUCUGAAAAUAGCUCUCUACAAGCAAACAGAAUUCCACCAGGGAGAAACGCACUGCUUCAAUCACCUGAAAUAGGGAAACGCUUGCAUUCUAACGAAAGACUAACUUUAAGGGUGAUAUAUGUUGUAAAAAUAUUACAAAAUUGAGUUAGGAAUUGUUUUAUACGAAACUUCAAAUGAAGAUUAUAAGCGACAUGUAAAAAACAAAUCAAAACUUUACUGAAAUGAGUUUUGUUUUGAAGUAAUUAGAUCGAAAAUGAACUAAUAAAAUGAAUUUGUUGA